ACACACACACACACACACACACACACAGAGACGUUGUUUUACAUGACAGCCGAGCAGCUCAUCAUUUCAUCCAGGUUCUGUAUUCACAACCAGGUCCUUGUCUAUAGGGGGGGUCUGGAGUGUGCACUGCAAAGAGCAAUGAGAUGUCCACCUUAUAUAUAGACUAAUCCUCUCAUUGCAGCCUUUAGGUUGUCUACAAUCUUGUUUUAAUUUAGUAAAACUCACUAAAUGACACAAUCAGUUCAAUGAGCAUAUACUGUAGUGACAGGUGCUGCAGUAGUUGUGAACUCCUUGCAACAGAGGAGUCACACGUGCAAGUCUCAAGUCUUAACCUUCGAGUCUCAAGCAAGUCACAAGUCAAGUUAUAAGAAAUUCUGAUGGUCAACCUCAGUUUCCACAUUUCAAUCAGUCCAAAGACAGUUUUAUUCUCAACAUUUACGCCAUUAAACUGUCGCAGUAAGUUGCCAAGUUUGCAGACUAGAAAUCACCCAAUUGUGUUUCAAAAACUAAAUGUAACUUAAUGUAAAAACAAACAACAAAAAAGAAAGAAGAAAUUAAAUUAAAACAAAAUUUUGCCCUCUGGGGACAAAUAAAGUUUCUUGAAUUGAAUUUGAAUUGAAGUCCUUACAAGUCAUCCAUCUCAAGUCUAAGUCAAGUCUGAAGUCAUGAACACCAAGUCAAAGUCAAGUCCAGUCUUUUUGUUAGUGAACUCUCAAGUCCUCAAAUUUUUUGAUUUAAGUCCGACUUGAGUCAAGUCAUGUGACUCAAGUCCCAGACCUCUGGUUACGAUAAUGAAGACGCUGUCAGAGAGACAGAAGUCAGACACAGAGUCAUUAAUGCACCUUUGAUAUUUUAGGUAUAAAAACAUUGACCCAUCAUUCCAAAGUGUGCAUGAGCUUGGUCAUAUGAUCUCAUCAUCAUCAUCAUCAUCAUCAUCAUCAUCAUAUCUUAUUCUUAUAUCAUCAGACACAUAAGGGUUAAACUUAAUUUUAGGUCAUAAGAUUUGAAGUCAUGAGUUUGUUCUGAAAAUGAUCACUUCUCAUUUUAGCUGAAAAUAAUCCUCUGUAGUUAAUAAUUUAAGUCUGUUUCACUUUAAUCACUUUAUGGGUUUUUACAGUGGCGACCAAACUGUCAUGAAUGAACAUAUUAGUGCUGAUUGAAUUCUUUUAUAAUAGGUCCCGGGCAAUUGGUCAUUUCUGGGUCUGUGAUCUCAAGAGCAGCCCAAAGAGAAUUAAACCUGGUGUCCGGCUGAGGUGGAUGCUGCAGAUUCAUCAUCUACAAUAUCAAAUGAGUGGUCCUGAAGUUAGAAGUUGACACAGGCUAAGGGCAUUGUUUCUGCUAUAGACAUAACAGGUGACAAAUUAAAGGACUAACCAACAUAAAGUGUCUUAGUGGAGGGAUGAACAUUAUUCUUCCUAAGCAUAUUCCCUCAGUUGGUGUUUUGAUGAUGGUGGUGGAGGAGGAUUUUUUUUCCUGUGUUAUUUCUAUUUAAGUUAUUUCUCUUAUAAAGGUCCUUCAUUAAGGUUUUGUUUUUCCGGCCUGAACAAAGAGCGAUUUUGGCAAAUAUUGAGAAACAUUUUCAUAGCAGGAAAGAAAUUAUUGUACAUUAACAUUACCAUUAACAUUAUCACGUGAGAGUCCCCUCAGGCACAGAUAACACCCCACAGAUCAGUGUGUAGGCGUGAAUUAGCGCCGAUAACUAACUGUCUAUAUUACAUUUCAUUCUAACGCACUCAUACAUUAACUGCCUCUUCUUUUUACCUGCAGCCAGAAUGAAAAGUGAUUAAAAGAAAACUUCAAGACAAAAAAAAAAAAGCUACAGGCUGUUUUAAGUUGUUCAUCUUUCAAACAAGGAUAAAGAGUGAUGAGCCUACGCCCAUCUGCUGGGUGUAGGCCGGUAUGGCUCAGGAUCAGAGGGCUGUGAGAUAAAGAUGCAAAUGAUUAAUGAAAAGGGAGAUUUGUGCUUUGUGCCCCAAAUGUAAAAGCUGUGCUCUAAACUCUUAUUUGGCUCUAAACUGUCCUUUAUUAUUUUCAUAUGAGCAGCACAACUAACUCCCGUAUCAGCCUGGUUUUGUACUGAACUACCAAUUUUACUUUUCCCUUAUAUCACCUUAUUGCCUUACUUUAUUUUUCUUCUUUUUUUUUAUUUUUAUUACCUUAUUGUUCUCAGCAAUGUAAAGAGACAAGGUCCACGGAGACCUGCUGGCAGAUAUAUGCAAUAAAUCUUCCUUCCGCUUGCUAUACAUAGUCUGUGAGAACACCUGAACCAACCCAGAAUAAAGGUCGGGACUAUAUUCUACUUCUUAAACCUACCGGGUCUGCCCCCCUUUUAGCCCCGCCCCGCCCCGCACGUGCACCUGUAGCGCACAGCUGCCGCACCUGUACGCAAGCUCCGUGUGCACCCCGCCCCUCCCGGGAUGCGCCCUGUCUGGGCAGAUGUGACCUCCUGUUUCCCAUUACCUCCCCUUGCUAAAGAAAAUUCCGCAUCACCUCGCUCCCGGACCGUCUGUCUGUGUCGUCGGACAUGCUGGAGCUUCUGGCUUACCUCCAUGACCCGGAGCUCGUGGCCCGGUUCCAGAGACGAUGCGGACUCUUCCUGGUAGAAGCCGCGCCUCUCAGCGCUCCGGCAGAAACCGAGAGACCACGUGGGCAGCUGAGGGCACGAUGGGACCACCAGGACAAGAAUUCAAACUAUAAAUUCAAGGAGAAUGGAUGUGCAGCUGGUGGCCGCAGCAGGCCUCAGUAUGAGGUGAGGAACUGGCUGCUGCACUUCCUCUUCCUGAUCUCGUCAGGCCUGGGUCACGAAAUCUGCUACAUCACCUGCCUGCCCUGCAUACACUGGAACCUGGACCCGUUCCUGUGCCGACGCCUCGUCAACAUGUGGACUGUGGUGAUGUAUGUCGGCCAGGUGAUGAAGGACGUGCUGAAGCUGCCUCGCCCUCUCUCACCCCCUGUGGUGAAGCUGGAGACACGUGUCGACGCCGAAUACGGGCUGCCCUCGACUCACGCCAUGGCUGCCACCGCUAUCUCCUUCACCUUUUUACUAAGCGCCCCCUCGAGGUUACAGUUCCAGUUCGAGGUGGGUCUACUGAUCGCGGUGACGCUGUCGUCCUUGGUGUGUCUGAGCCGUCUCUACACUGGCAUGCACUCAGUUUUGGAUGUGAUCAGUGGCGCUUUAAUCUCCGCCGUCCUCCUCUUCCUCACCUAUCCUUACUGGGAGACCUUCGACCACUUCCAGCUCACCAGCCACAUCUCCCCGGUCGUGGCGUUGGCGCUGCCCCUCUUCCUCAGCUACACGUACCCAGAGCUGGACCAUUACAGCACCACGCGGGGAGACACCACCACCAUUCUCGGGGUAGGGGCCGGAUGCUCCGUGGGGUACUGGGUGAACGAGCAGCUCGGGCAGACUUUUGAGCCCCAGGGCGCGUUACCUGUACCUCUACCCACACUGACGGCUAAUGCACUGGCAGCAGGCGUGGCCCGCUUCCUGUUGGGAGUUACAGCAUUAGUGGCAACUCGACAGAUAGUGAAAACAGCGAGUCUGCAGGUGUUAUAUUCCUGGUACAGAGUGCCAAAAAGCGACACGACUGCCCGGAGGAGGAGAGAAAUUGAAGUGCCAUAUAAGUUUGCCACAUACACAUCGGUCGGACUUGUUAAUUCUAUAUUGGUCAAUAGAGUCUUCAUUCUACUGGGGCUGCUAUGACCUGAUGAAGACUGAUGAGUAAUGAUCUGAAUUUGCAAUGACAAUAAUGUACCUCAUAUUUAUUUCAAUGUGUACCAAAUGAUCUUUGUUUUUUUUUUUAUAUGUUAACAACUUCAGAAACAAGGAGCUCUCACUGGGAAUGAUUCACAAGAGCGAGCUUGUGACUGACCUGUAACUGAGUCGAAUAGAAAAUAAAAUGUUUUGCUCACGUAGCAAUAAAGUUUGUUUUUUUAUGACUUCA